UGGAUUUCGGAAAACAAAAUCAUAGUUCGAAUUUGACAUUCAGCAAUGGUAUCAAUAAUAUCAUUCGAGAACUGAAAUUCCAAGGAUAUACGUUGCCCUUCUCCAGAUUGAUGGAAAACUGGUCAUUCUUGAGUAUGGUCGCUUUCAGCUCCCUUACUUUCAAAUCACGCAUUAUUUUCAUUAGCAAGUUCGGAGGUCUUGCUUCUCCUACCUGCAGUGCAGCUGUUUUGAGCCCAAUUGCAGUCUUGAGUCGCGUUAGAAAAACAAGAAAUCUUCACGCGUUUGAAAAACAGGAAAUCCGGCUCUACAAGGAUUCGGUUCACUCCACUGCCACUUUGCUGCAUUUUGUAACUUCUUUCAUAUAUUUGACUCUGAAGUUUCUCAAAUUAAAAACAGUUUCAACAUUAAGGUGCAUUUCAUCUUCAUAUGUCAAUCCUGUUUUGAGAUGCAAGGGAGACAAGUAGCUUCUUUGCGAACCAUAAGGGUCACUCACAUCAAUUUUUAGAUAGGGGCACUAGAGAUAUGUAGCUAUUUUUGUCAGAGAGCAUUUCUUCAAAGAUGUCACUUACUCAAAGAGGACAAGAUCGAUGGCUUUUAUCAUAUUACUCCUUUGUAUCAUUUUGUAGCCUUAGAUUGGAAAAAGAAACAAUUGAAUGUUUGUUCAUACUUGGAGAUCCAUAAAGUUCCAUAGCUCCUCUCAUGCUCCUACAGUUGGAGGCAGUACAUAUUGCUUCCUAGAGUACUCUUUGACAAGAAAACUACAAGACUUGGAAUGCAAAUGAGAACCUCAUCAAUAAAGUUUUCUGUGAUAGAAUACACAUAUAGUUUGGUCUCAAACGAUAAGAAAGAUCUAUUUGAUAUGAACUAAAAGUGGAGCAAACUGGAAUGUUCUAAAUUAGGAGUUGGACUUAGUACAGUUGAGAGUCGAGACACAAAAGGACUUGAUUAAAGCUAAAUAUUUGAUUAUUGAAUCUACAUCUGAAUCUGAUGCAAUGUUCACCAAGUGCGGUGCAAAAUUCAUCUCGUGAUCCAAUAGAUGUAAUAUUCUCUAUUCGAGGGCAAUGGGAAGA